AUGCCAAAGUGUCAAAUUGGAUUGGCCAAUAUUUUUUUACAACACACAUCGGCCUCGUUGACUAUUAAUGAGAACUGCGAUCCAGAUGUUCGCAAAGACAUGGAAAUGUCCCUUAAUAAUCUGGCUCCGGAAGAUGCUGGUUACAUUCACACAGAUGAGGGUUCUGACGACAUGCCUGGACAUGUCAAAUCGUCUCUUUUCGGCUGUUCCUUGACAAUCCCAGUUACAAACUCGGCACUCAAUCUUGGGCAAGUAAUCUGUAAUUUUAUAAUCAAGCCCACUUGGCAAGGAAUAUGGUUGUGUGAGCAUCGUAAUAGAGGAGGCUCUCGUCGUGUGGUGAUCACAGUGCAGGGUCAGUGA